AUGAAUAAAUUUCUAUUUUUGAUUUUUUCGUUUCAAUUAUUUAUCACACAAAUAUAUACCGAACAGUGUGAACUAACAUUGAAUGAUGAAACUCAAUUAACAUUCAAUACAUUUCUGCAAGCAAAAAAGUUUUGUAGUUCAACUAGUUUACCUACAAAAAAUACACGUCGAAUUAUUCUUACUGGUCGUUUAGUUGAUUAUACAACACGGUGUAAACGAAGUAUAACUGAUGCAAAUAUUGAAAUAAUACAUAUUCAAUCAGAUCUUCGUUCAGUUUGUCACGAACUUCAUCAUCCAGAUUCACGUGGUUAUUAUACUUUAUCAACUUCUGUGACAAUACCAUCAACUGAACAAUUGUUUUUACGUAUAACAUCACCUGGUUAUGAAACAGUUUUAAAAGAAAUUAUUAUACCAUCAUCAGAAAAGAGACAAAAAAAUAUUAUUCUUAAGUGGCAAAUUGCGUUAACACCUAGUCAAGAACAAAUUGAAACAUAUCAGCAACAACAAGGACGUAUGGAUUCUACUAUUGAUGAUCUAAUGUCUAAAAUGACAUUAGAAGAAAAAAUUGGUCAAUUAAAUCUUGUUACAGUUGGUUUUGAUGUUACUGGCCCAAUUGUAAGUGAAAAUGUUGAUGAAAAUAUUCGUCUUGGUCGUAUUGGUGGUGUUUUUAAUACUUUUACACCAAAAGCUGUUCGUCCAUUGCAAGAACUUGCUAUGAAUCAUACACGUUUAAGAAUUCCACUUAUAUUUGGUUAUGAUGUUAUUCAUGGACAUCGUACUAUUUUUCCAAUAUCAUUAGGUAUGAGUACAACAUGGGAUAUGGCAUCGAUAGAAACAAGUGCACGUAUUGCUGCUCAAGAAGCAACAGCUGAUGGUCUUAAUUGGGUUUUUUCACCUAUGGUUGAUAUAGCACGUGAUGCACGUUGGGGUCGAAUAUCAGAAGGUGCUGGUGAAGAUCCUUGGUUAGGUAGUCAAAUCGCUGCAGCAAUGAUACGUGGAUAUCAAGGAUCUGAUUUAACUCAAUCAAAUACAGCUAUGGCAUGUGUUAAACAUUUUGCUUUAUAUGGUGGUGGAGAAGCAGGCCGUGAUUAUAAUACAGUAGAUAUGAGUCGUAUAACAAUGUAUCAAUAUUUUCUUGCACCAUAUCGAGCAGCUAUUGAUGCCGGUGCUGGCAGUGUAAUGACAUCCUUUAAUGAAGUUGAUAGUGUUCCAGCAUCAGCUAAUCGAUGGUUAUUACAAGAUUUAUUACGUGAACAAUGGAAAUUUAAUGGAUUUGUUGUAACAGAUUAUACAUCAAUUAAUGAAAUGGUUGAUCAUGGUAUAGGUGAUUUACAAGAAGUUAGUGCACGUGCAUUAGAUGCAGGUGUUGAUAUGGAUAUGGUUGGUGAAGGAUUUUUAAGAACAUUAAACAAAUCCUAUAGUGAAGGAAAAAUAAAAGAACAAAUAAUAAAUCAAGCAUGUCGUCGUAUUCUUGAAGCAAAAUAUAAAUUAGGUUUAUUUGAUGAUCCAUAUCGUUAUUGCGAUGAUUCACGACCAGAUACCGAUAUAUUUACAAAUGAAAAUCGUUUAGCAGCAAGAGAUUUUGCCCGUCGUUCAUUUGUUCUUCUUAAAACUGAUCGAAAAACAUUACCAUUAGCAAGAUCAAAUUUAAAGAUUGCUCUUAUUGGACCAUUAUCUGAUGAUCAUAGAAAUCUAAUCGGUAGUUGGAGUGCUGCUGGUGAUUGGCGUCAAAGUGUAAGUGUACGUGAAGGUAUUAAUAAACUUGUUGGUAAUCAAACACAAAUUUUAUAUGCAAAAGGAUCUAAUCUUGUUGAAGAUGAAUAUAUGCUUAAACAACUAAAUGCACAUGGUGGUGAAAUUGAAUUAGAUCAACGAACUCCUGAACAAAUGAUUGCUGAAGCUGUAGAAAUAUCAACAAGAUCUGAUGUUAUUGUUGCUGUUGUUGGUGAAUCACAAGGUAUGACAGGUGAAGCAGCAAGUCGAGUAGAUAUUGGAUUACCUGAAUGUCAAAAACGUUUACUUAAAGCAUUAUUUGAUACAGGUAAACCUGUAGUUAUUGUAUUAAUGAAUGGUCGACCAAUGACAUUAACAUGGGAACAAGAACAUGCAGCAGCAAUUUUAGAAACAUGGUUUGCUGGUACAGAAGCUGGUAAUGCUAUUGCUGACGUACUUUUUGGUUAUUAUAAUCCAGCUGGUAAAUUAACAACAACAUUUCCUCAGCACGUUGGACAAAUUCCAUUAUAUUAUAAUCAUAAAAAUACUGGACGGCCAUUCAAUGCAUCACAAUUUACUGAUAAAUAUAAAAGUCGUUAUUUAGAUAUCCCUAACGAGCCUUUAUAUCCAUUUGGUUAUGGUUUAAGUUAUACAACAUUUAAUUUUAGUUCAAUAAAUGUUGAUAAAACUGAACUUCAUGGUGAUUCAGAUCGUUUAACUGUUCGUGUUCUUAUACGUAAUACAGGUGCAUAUUCAGGUGAAGAAGUUAUACAAUUAUAUAUAAGUGAUCCAGCAGCAAGUGUAACACGAGCUGUACGUGAAUUGAAAAAUUUCAAAAAAAUAUAUCUCCGAUCACAACAAAGCGAAGAAAUUUCAUUUGUUAUAACAACAGAAGAUUUGAAAUUUUACAAUACUAAUCUUGAUUACGUAUGGGAAGAAGGAGAUUUUAUUAUUCAUGUUGGUCCUGAUUCCGUUAAUACUCAAUCAAUACGAGUUAAAUGGCUCAAAUAG